UCUGGAUCCGUUUGCAAGAAAUGGUGGGAACCGGGGAGGGCACAAAUAACGGCCCUCUUGCCAGCAACCCACUGAUUCAGGACGUCCUUCCCUUCCUCUCUCCACUUCACGAACAGGAGACUGAGGAGUGCCGAUGAUGGAAGCGAUGCAAUUACGGAGCGCCGCCGCUGAAACGACUGUCUAUGUUCCUCGUGGGAGGAUCCCUGGAGACUUCAAGCGCGUGAUAUCUUGCUGCGUUCGUAGUUCGGCGUUGCAAAGUAAAGUUGAAUCAAGCAUAGUGAGAUGGUCGAAGCGUCAAUCGUUGUUUUCCGGCGAACGCCAAUUUGAGGUGGUUGUUCCGAGAAGAGGCUCGUAUGGGCGGACGACGAGGAUCACUUCAUGCUCGGACUGUAAUGUCGGUCCAUACAGGAGCGGUGAAAGUCUUGUCCAUCAGCGAGGGAGCUUGAUUGAUAGCAUUAAGGAAGGCAUUAGUGUGCUGAUUGGACGAUCUCCUAAUAGAUCGACGUUCAGUACUGUUGAAAGUGAGCUCAUAGUUCUUUCUAUACCUGCAAUGGUCGGCCAAGCAAUUGAACCAUUGUCUCAGUUGUUGGAGACAGCUUACGUUGGAAGAUUAGGUCCGCUUGAAUUGGCUUCAGUUGGUGUAUCUGUUUCAAUCUUUAACAUUAUAUCAAAGUUGUUUAACAUUCCUCUGUUAAGCGUCACGACCUCAUUUGUAGCUGCGGAUAUUGCGAAGUCCUCAAAGAUGGAUUCCAUUGGAGGUUUAGUGGCUGAAAAGAAACAAUUGCCAUCCGUUUCAACUGCCAUACUUUUGGCAGCUGGCAUUGGUAUGGUUGAAGCAUUUGCUUUAUAUGUUGGAGCUGGAAGCUUCCUCAAUGUUAUGGGCAUACCACCUGAUUCACCAAUGUGGGGUCCAUCACAGCGUUUUCUCUCCCUAAGAGCACUUGGUGCUCCUGCUGUUGUGGUUUCUCUUGCUAUACAAGGUGUAUUCCGUGGAUUCAAGGAUACAAAAACACCUUUGUUAUGUACAGGCAUUGGCAACCUGGCAGCAGUAUUUCUAUUUCCUCUUUUGAUGUAUUCUCUUGGCCUUGGCGUAAGUGGAGCUGCAGCAUCUGUUGUGGUAUCUCAAGAGAGAGAGAGAGAGAGCACGAGGGUAUGUGGUCUUCACAGGUGGAUAGGGAUUUUUCUUCCUACCUCAAAUUUAGCUCCCGAGCACCCUGUUCUAUGGAUCAUGGCAGAUUUAUGUUAUUGGGAUGGUGACUGUAGAUACAUUAUUACUAUCUUGCUCAUCUGGCUCUUGAGUAAGAAAGUUAUAUUGCUGCCCCCCAAAAUGCAAGACCUACAGUUUGGUGGCUACAUGAAGUCAGGUGGUUUUCUUCUUGGGAGAACUCUUUCAGUUUUAAUGACAAUGACUUUGGGUACUGCAAUGGCUGCUCGUCAGGGCCCUGUAGCUAUGGCUGCUCAUCAGAUAUGUCUGCAGGUUUGGUUGGCUGUGUCUCUCCUGACUGAUGCAUUAAGCUUGUCUGGUCAGGCCAUGAUUGCUAGUGCUUUCCCCAAAGGAGAAUAUAAGAGGGUUAAGGACGUCACUUACUGUGUUUUGAAGACAGGAUUAUUUGCUGGAGUUUCUUUGGCAGUAAUAUUAUGUGCAUCUUUUGGCUCUAUAGCUAAAUUAUUCACCAAGGAUUUUGAGGUUCUAGGAAUUGUCAAAUCUGUGGCACUGUUUGUUGGUGCUAGCCAGCCUGUCAAUGCACUUGCAUUUGUGUUUGAUGGACUACAUUAUGGAAUAUCUGAUUUCCAAUAUUCUGCUUUCUCAAUGAUGACUGCUGCUGCAAUUUCUUCUGUGGUUUUGCUCUAUGCUCCACCCAUUUUUGGUCUUCAUGGAGUUUGGUUAGGCCUGUCUGCCCUCAUGGGCUUGCGUAUGGCUGCUGGUGUUUUUAGGUUAGGAUCAAAAACUGGUCCAUGGUGGUUUUUGUGGACUGACUUCCAGAAAAAUGAGUUUGGUGCAUCAAGGUUGCAGAAUUGAGAUCUUUUACAAUUAUUAUCUGCUUUGUUCCUCAUUCUCUGCAAAUACAUGGACAAGAAGUAGUGAUGGCAUUUCACAGGUUAUGGUAGAAGUUACCAGUCACCACAUGAAGCAGCCCUUCUCCUUUUUCCAGGCUUCACAAUUGACUUUAGGGAGCACAGAACCCUCUGACAGCAGACUUCUGAUUCACAUGCUGCUGAGCAGUCCUCCAUUAGAGAUGUAUCUGACAGGUCCUCUCCUUCAGAUUAUACUGUCCUACUCCUGCGGAGAGCUCUUCUCAGAGAAAUGUACUUAUACCAUAAGCAAAAAAGGAUGACACAAUAAAUCUGUAUUCGUCCAAUCGUUUUUAUUUUUAGCCAGCCAGUCUUGGAAAACUUUCACUGGACUGCAGAUAUUGUAGGGGCUUUCCUCUUCUAGGCUGGGCAACAAAAUUUUGAUGCAGCGGCUAGGUGAACUUUUUUGGACAAUUUUCA